AUGAGACGAGCUGCGGGGAGUUCUCGCGCAGCGACAGAGGGCCGCUCGGGGGAGUGGCGCAUGCGCGCAAGCGCAGGCGGGAUGGCGAGUGUGGGGGGUUGGGGGGGUGUGGGCCCCACACGCAUCGACGAGGACGGCGACGACACCGGCCUGCUUGACGCGUGGCACGUUGAUGACGUGGCGAUGGACCAGGAGGGAGAGGGAGAGCGUGAGGGAGAGGGAGAGCGUGAGGGGGAGGGGGGGGACAUGGGGGCGAUGGAGGAAGGGGAUUUGGAAGAAGUGGCUGACGUGGAGGAGGUGAUCGAUGACGAGGCUGACAAUAUCGCGUACGAGGAGGAAGAGGAAGAAGGGGAGGAGGAAGAGGAUGAAGAAGAGGAAUUGGAGGGCGACGAGACAGGUGCCGUACGAGAAGAUGACGAUGACCGCGGCGAGCCGGGCGAGCCGGGUGAGGAGGGUGAGCAGGGUGAGCAGGGUGAGGAGGCGGGUGAGAAGGACGAGAGGAGAAAUGAGGAGGACGAGGAGGAGGAAGACGAAGAGGAUGAGGAGGAAGAGGGGAAAGAAACGGAUGAGGAGGAAGGGGAGGACUCAGACUGGGCGCCGGAGUCGAGCAGCGGGCAGGGGGACUCGGAGGGCGAGGAGAGCGGGGAGGGCGAGGAGAGCGGGCCACAGCAGGGGCGCGGGGAGGAGUUGCAACGGCGCGAUGAGGGCGGGGAAGGGGAAGGGGGAGGGGGGAGGGGGGAGGGGGGGGGGAGGGGUGAAGGAAGGGGCAGAGGGAGGGGAAGGCCGAGGGGAAGUGGAGGAGAAGGGGAGACAGGUGGCGGCAAGGAAAGCGGGAGGGGCAGGGGGAGGGGAAGAGGAAGAGGCAGAGGGAGGGGGAGGGGGAAGGGGACGGGUCGAGGGGAGAGCAGUGGGGAUGCAGGUGGUGCUGCGGAAGGGGAGGGGGGCGAGGAGGUCGGGGAGGGGCAGUGGGAUAAAGUGGGUGCAGGGAGGGGACGGGGGAGAGGCAGGGGGAGGGGCAGAGGGAGGGGCAGAGGGAUGGGGAGGGGGCGGGGGAGAGGGAGGGGCAGGGGAAGGGGAGGGAAGCGUGGCAGUGCAGGCGAGGGCGAGGAGGAGGAGGGGGAGGGCGGUGCGCUGGGCGCAUGGAUGGCUGGCGGCGCUGCGGCAGCGGCGUCGCUAUCAGCGGCCCACCGCAACCCCGCUCUGGCACUGGAGACCCUCUCCCACUGGGGGCGCGGUGCAGGGGGCGACGGGGGAGGGGGGACCGUGGGGGGCACUCCAGGGCGGGGGGACGGGGGCGAGGAGGGAGAGGAGCGGCUGCUGCGGAGAAGGUGUGUGGGCCGCUUGUCUGUGGCCUAUCCGUUCCUCUUACUUAAACCCUUAAAAACCUCCUCUCAUCUUCCACUUCUAAUUCCUGUGUCUCCCCUCCCCACUCCCUCCCUCCCCAUGUUGCUUUCGCUUUCCCCCUGCCCUCUCCACAUUCGUCCUCCCUCUUUCCUCUCUCCUCUCCCCCUCUCUUCUUAUCAACAUCUCUUCUCUGCACUCCACUCUCCAAUCUCCGCCCCCGUUCCAUUCCUCGUCCCCCCCCCUCCCGCCCCUCACUCCUCCCCCCUCCCCUCCCAUUGCUCGCCUCUCCCCACUCCUGACCUCGCUCCUCCCCCCUCCCGCCCUCGCUCCUCCCCCCUCCCGUCCUCACUCCUCCCCCCUCCCGCCCUCGCUCCUCCCCCCUCCCGUCCUCACUCCUCCCCCCUCCCGCCCUCACUCCUCCCCCCUCCCGCCCUCGCUCCUCCCCCCUCCCGCCCUCGCUCCUCCCCCUCCCGUCCUCGCUCCUCCCCCCUCCCAACCUCGCUCCUCCCCCCUCCCGCCCUCGCUCCUCCCCCCUCCCGCCCUCGCUCCUCCCCCCUCCCGCCCUCACUCCUCCCCCCUCCCGCCCUCGCUCCUCCCCCCUCCCGUCCUCGCUCCUCCCCCCUCCCGUCCUCACUCCUCCCCCCUCCCGCCCUCGCUCCUCCCCCCUCCCGUCCUCACUCCUCCCCCCUCCCGCCCUAG